ACCAGUCUAAUCAACGCGGAUACUCGUAUCAAAGUUAGUUCAGUUUGGAAUCGAGAUGUCGCUAAUUUCGGUAAACAGCACUUGAUCGAUGGUAGCUCCGAAACCUGCUGGAAUUCACAAGAGGGUUUGCCUCAGCAUAUAUUGCUAGAUUUUCCAUCACCCGUAUCAGUGCAGAGUAUUAUACUUCAAUUUGCAGGAGGCUUCGCCGGAAGAAAAUGCGUUGCUUUAGGGAGCACAGCAGAAUCACCCAACGAUUAUAGCGUAGAAAUUAAAGAUUUUUAUCCCCAAGAUACUCAUGCAGAACAAUCUUUCGAAUUUGAACCAACAAUACCAUUGAAGCGAUUAAAAAUUGUAUUUGAAGAAAGCACAGAUUUCUUUGGGCGUAUUACUGUAUAUAAACUAGAUGUACUAGGU